AUGUGGCUAUUUGGGCGGAGACGUAAAAAGGCCGCUAACAAGAACGACGGCGGACCCGCUGCGGUUACAGACAGGACGCGGCCUGUUGCAGACCAAACCCACACGACUCAGAACACAACGGCCCUGCGACGAACACCCAGCCACCGCCAACGCCGCCAAAGAGAGAGUUUGCGCUCCAGGGCCUCGCUGCGCGACGCUGAAAAGGCCCUUCCCCACCUCGCCUUCACCAAGGACGCCUGGCCGCAAUCCAGCGUCGAGGACAUUACUGCGCUGCCUCGCCUGUACCGCCUCGAAUAUAGCCCUCACCUGCGUCCAAUAGCCCAGGAACACGGCGCCAUCCCUUACAACUUCCAAUCACGCUCGCACGCGAGCCUGCCCCCGUCAGCAAAGGACCGCGGGAAGCUCCAGCGACCCCAGUCGAUGCGCAGGGAUCUGACCACUGACUCUUCCCUGGUCCGCCGCAAGUCGAGUAAAAGGCGGAAAGAACAUGAUCACGUCCGCGAAGAGGAAAUCCGCACCAUGACACUACCAAUGCCACAGAAACGCCCCGCUGCAAGCUCGGGAGGCAUGCUACGCAGAGACAGCAAGAAGGUCAAGGGCGCCCUGAACCACCGCUUCGAGCGUCCCACGUCCAAUGUCUCCCUCCCCCUCGCCGACUCCAUCCAUUCCUCCAUGUCAGGGAGCUCCGAAAACCGCGAGUUCAGGGUGAGUGCACUCGACAUGUUCUCACCCCGACCGACUAUCCGCAUAUCUGUCGGAUCAAACUACCAUGCCGGCGACCGCAUGUCGCCCAACACGUACAGCGAGAAGUCGACCAUGCGGCGACGGCCCAUCAGCAGCGAAGACGAGCGAGCGAGCAAGCGAACGAGCCGGAUCGAUGACCUUGCCGACGACCUCGAUGCCGGAGCACUACGCGAUAUCCUCGAACGAGACAAGAGGCGGAGGGAGAAGAAGGCCAAGGCCGACCAGGAGCGGCUGCGACGACGACUUGAACGACGUGCUGAAAAGCAAAAUGCUGCAGAAGCUAGAGGCACCCCCGGUACUCCCCGCAAGGAGGGUACGGGCAUUGUUGGCUUGGGCAUUGACAAGGACGCAUCUAUGUCCAUGGAGGAUGUUCGUCCAUCGACGCCGCAGCGUUCGCAGCGGCUGGACAUGCCCGUCACGCCUCGUACGAACGACAACAACCAACUGCCCACCCCAUUGGACAGCCCUGUUGAUGAGCCAGUUGUAUCCGAUGCUCGGGCUAUCCGCUACUCGCGAGGCAGCGUCUCGGCCCAAGUACACACUCGCGAGCCAUCCAAUGCCUCCAUUCUCCCGGAGCUCAUCUCCAAACAAGUUGCACAUGACACACCUGUCGGAUCUAUCGAACAAGCACAUGAUCCCACUAGAAGUGGCUCGCUGCAUCCUGUGGAUACUGCCGACACCUUUGCCACUUCCAAGCAGGGCUCCUCGACCCGCAGACGCAGCUCAGAGGGCAAGCGCAUGGGCGUGUUUGCGUCACUUUUCCGAAGGGGAAAGCGCGACCAGGCACCCGCGCCAUCAGAACACUCCUUCUCAAACACUUCGCGAGAGUCCAUGUCUCGCCAGCCACUUCCAGCUCAUCUGGUAGGCAACGUCCCUGCCAGCAAACCGAUCCAGAUCCAAAGGCCUUCCAGCGUACCUCGACGAACAAUGUCAAAGUUCCGGGAAGAUCUCCCAGAGUUCCCUCUGUCUCCUCCGGAUUCACGCGUGCAAUCGCCAGAAGCCCAGCCGAGAAGCGCCAUCGCUGCUCGCCGACUCAGGGAACAGCCGUCGGAUCUCCGCCUGGGUUCCCUUUCUGGAGAUCGGUCUGAUUCUCCUGUCAGCCCGGGCGCACCCGUCAACGCCAUGUCACGCUCGCUUGCUUCCGUCGACUCGGAAGCCUCUUGGCUUUCUGGAAGACCCCCGAAGCGAUCGCAAAUGCGCUCCAGCUUGACAUCUUCGGUUCAGCGAACCGACGACUUCAAUGCUUCAUACGAGGAGCUUGGAAUGGCCGACGACGAAUACUUCAACAAACUGACAAACCGGCCAGACCAACGGGGCCGAUCUCCCUACGGCAGUGACGACCGCGGUCGAAAAGCUUCUAGCACAUUGAUGAGGCUCGACACUGCUGCUGAAUCCGAUGAGGAGAGGGAUCCUGCAGCUGUAGACACACCAUCCAACGGAGAGCAGUAUGUGAAGAGCAGCGUCGGUCGCCAGCCUACAAUUAUCCACCGACGACCCCGCAUCAAGUCUGCUGAAGGUCUACUCAGCAUGUUCACCGAUGAACUCGAUCGCUCUUCAAAGGUUGUCGACAUCGAAUCAGAGUCACCCACGUCCCCAACAUCCGACACGGAUCCCGGCAUGUUGCAGCGUGCCAAAAGCGUCGAUCUUGGAAAGGGCCACGUCAGGCACCUCAGCGCUGGUUCCGCGAGGCUCUUGGACAUCCAGAAGCGCACCAGCUCACCCGUGCAAGGUGGCUCAAACAACAAAUUCUGA